AUGUCGCAAAGCGUCCAUAAUCCUGCUCAGAUGGGCGAAGAGGACAUGGGCGAGGCCUUCGGGCCCCUGCCCGUUAGCAAGCUCGAGGACUUUGGCAUCUCGAGCUCCGACUGCAAAAAGCUCGCAGAAGCCGGCUACAACACCGUCGAGAGCAUCGCAUUCACGCCCAAAAAGAACCUCCUCCUCGUCAAAGGUAUCUCGGAGGCAAAGGCAGACAAGAUUCUCGCUGAGGCCGCCAAAUUGGUACCAAUGGGAUUCACUACCGCUACUGAGUUUCACGCUCGUCGAAAUGAGCUCAUCUCUAUCACCACUGGAUCCAAAAACCUCGACGCGAUCCUGGGUGGAGGCAUGGAGACUGGCAGCAUCACCGAGCUGUAUGGCGAAUUCAGGACGGGCAAGAGUCAGCUUUGCCAUACCCUGGCCGUGACCUGCCAGCUGCCCGUCGACAUGGGCGGCGGUGAGGGCAAAUGCUUGUACAUCGACACCGAGGGCACCUUCCGUCCCGUGCGUCUCUUGGCCGUGGCCGAACGAUACGGCUUGAACGGAGAAGAGGUACUCGAUAACGUCGCCUACGCCCGAGCCUACAAUGCCGACCACCAGCUGCAGCUGCUCUUGCAGGCUUCUGCCAUGAUGGCCGAGUCGCGCUUCUCACUACUCAUUGUCGACUCACUCACCUCGCUUUACCGUACCGACUUCUCAGGUCGAGGCGAGCUGUCGGCGAGACAGAUGCACCUGGCCAAAUUCCUUCGAGGACUGAUGCGUCUGGCCGACGAGUUUGGUGUCGCAGUCGUUAUCACGAACCAGGUUGUCGCACAGGUGGAUGGAGCUACUGCCUUCACUGCCGACGCCAAGAAGCCCAUCGGUGGCAACAUUGUCGCGCACGCCUCCACCACGCGUCUCUCACUGCGCAAGGGACGUGGCAAUCAACGUAUCUGCCGCAUUGCUGACUCGCCUUGUCUUCCCGAAGCUGACGCUGUGUUUUCGAUUGGCCCCGAGGGCAUCAUUGAUCCAGUCGAUUGA